AUGCCGAUGCUCACAAAGAACAACUAUGACAAUUGGAGUAUCAAGAUGAAGGCAUUACUAGGAGCUCAAACUGUGUGGGAUAUCGUCGAGAAAUGUUUCAAUGAGCAAGAUGAAGUCUCGCUAAGCCAAGGUGUAAAUGAGACAUUGAGGGAGUCAAGAAAAAGAGACAAGAAAGCUCUCUUUCUCAUUUAUCAAUCGGUGGAUGAAGAUGCAUUUGAGAAGAUCUCCAACGCAACGACAGCCAAAGAAGCAUGGGACAAACUUCGAACUUGCAACAAAGGAGUGGAACAGGUGAAAAAUAUUCGUCUUCAAACUCUUAGAGGCGAUUUUGUACGUUUAUUUAUGGAAGAGACCGAGUCAAUUUCUGAUUAUUUUUCUCGUGUAUUGGCCGUAGUCAAUCAACUUAAAAGAAAUGGCGAAGAUGUUAAUGAGGUGAAAGUCAUGGAGAAAAUACUUCGCACUUUAAAUCCAAGCUUUGGCUUCAUUGUUACCAACAUUGAAGAAAAUAGGGAUUUAAAGACCAUAACUAUUGAGCAACUCAUGGGUUCCUUACAAGCAUACGAAGAAAAAUAA